AUGGAUGCUUUGAGAGAAAUGCCAGGGUAUGCAAAAAUGAUGAAGGACCUGAUGUCGCGAAAAUUUGACUUCCAGGACCUGUCCACUGUAACUCUGACGCAGACCUACGGCUCGGUAGUGACAAGGACUAUGGCUCAAAAGGUGUCUGAUCCAGGUAGUUUCACUAUUCCAUGCACCAUUGGGAGUUAUGCUUUUGCUAAAGUAUUGUGUGACUUGGGGUCCAGUAUAAACUUGAUGCCCUUGGCAAUCUAUACAAAACUGGGCAUUGGUAGAGCUAGACCGAGCUCAAUGCUACUGCAACCAGCUGAUCUCACAGUCAAAAGACCGACAUGA